GGUCUCCUCACGCUACUACUACGUACCAACACCGAGUGACUGAAGUACUGAAGGCCUCCGCGACCCAUACGUGGAUGCUAGACAUGAGUCUUCGUCGUCGCUUUGGGGUGUUCGUGAUCUAUGCUGGCCUCGCGUUGGCGAUCCAAAGACCGUUUUCUACGCGGCCUCGCACCGCACCGCCGGUUCCACAGCCAGAUCCAUGGUCCCUCGCAGGUGCCAUGGGCAGUUAUGAUACAGGUCUUUUUACGCCGUUCGAAGAUCUGAAUGCUCUUUCGGCUUCUGAGUUUACGGUACUACACCACCCGGCCUUCCCUAGGCACGGUGUAAGGAUCAAGAAAUCCGACUUCUGUGACGGAUCCGUCGGAGCCUACACCGGAUACAUUGACGUCCAGGCUCGCCACCUGUUCUUCUAUUUCUUCGAGAGCAGGAAUGAUCCCGACAAGGACGAUGUGAUAUUCUGGACCAACGGAGGACCAGGAUGCUCGUCAUCCUUGGGACUGUUCAUGGAGUUGGGGCCCUGCAGGGUUACGAACCCGGACAACGCAACAUACAACCCUUACUCCUGGAACGAGAAGGCCAAUAUUUUCUUCAUAGAUCAGCCCAUAGGCGUUGGAUUCUCCUAUGCCGAAUUUGGGGAAACUGUUGGUAACACAGUGGACGCGGCGAAAGACAUAGCUGCCUUUGUGGCUAUAUUCUUCGAACAUUUCCACAAGUUCAAGGGUAGAUCAUUCCACAUGGCUGGAGAAUCUUAUGGGGGUCGUUAUAUUCCUGUUUUCGCCUCGGAAGUUUAUGAUCAAAAUGUCAAGCUCGAAGCGGUGGGGAUGACCCCUAUAAACCUUACGUCUGUGAUGAUAGGCAACGGAUGUACGGACUGGUCCGGUAUGACGGCCGCCUAUUUCGAUAUGCAGUGCAGGCCCAUGUCUCAACCACCAAUUAUGGAUAUCAAGUCCUGUGUUCGGAUGAAACAGGCCUUACCUCGUUGCCAGCAUAUGAUGAAGGAGUCUUGCCUAGAUCGGUUCGAUAGUAUCGACUGCGAGGCAGCCAACAAUUUCUGCAAUGCAGAGCUGUAUGAUCCGUUUUUCGCGACAGGAUACAACCCAUACGAUAUAAGCAAGCCCUGUGACGGGAGAAUCGAAGAUACACUUUGUUAUCCUGUUACUAAAGCCAUUGGCCAGUACUUGGACAAGCCCGACGUUCGGUCGCUGCUUGGCGUAGAUCCGGCCGUCGGUGCCAACUUCUCCAGCUGCGACGACGAUGUCGCUGACGCCUUCGACGCGUCCCAAGAUUUUCUCUUCCCCACGGAGCUUUACCUCUCUGCCCUCCUGGAGAGGGGUGUCCGCGUGCUCAUCUACGUCGGGGCGAACGACUGGAUCUGCAACUGGGUGGGAAACGAUCGGAUGACACUAGGGUUGAAUUGGCAUGGAAAAGCCGACUUCGUGUCGCAGCCGCUGAGAGAAUGGAAGGUGGACGGCGAAGUGGCAGGCUUGGCUAGGAGUGCAGGACCUCUGACAUUCGUGACGAUCGAUGGGGCAGGGCAUAUGGUUCCAUAUGACAAGCCGCUACAAUCCCUUGAGUUGACCAAGCGGUGGCUUGCCGGCCGAGAUCCUUGAUUUCUCUUUGGUAACAAAUGAACUACGUGCGGACCAGAAUGGAAGUGCUGAAGCCAGAUAAAUUUCUCUUGCGUAAUGGCAUAUCACAGGCUCACUUGUCUACAGCCUUGAUGCUUACCCCUACGUAGUCUAGGCAACUGCUGGAGCAAAGACAAUUUUUUGUUGCUGUCCAAGUCGCCCUCUUGAAUCCACUGCCAGAGAAUGCGCCACACCAGUGGUCGUUAAGU